AUGAGUGUCCCCCCUGAAGCUCUCCAGAAAGUCCUUCUCGAAAUGGACAACCAGCUCAACAAGACCCAGUCUGAUUUGUCACUGACCAACUAUCAACUUGCUCAGAUCGACGCUAGCCUUAAUGCAAUCAAGGUGUCCAAGACUAAUUUGGUGAGACUCUGCAACAACGACGAGCGUGUUUGGCAGGGCGUUGGCAAAGCAUUCGUGUCCGACGAUGUUUCGUCCUACUUGGCCAGCGUAAGUCAAGAGGAAAAGGUUAUGAGUCAGUCUAAGGAGGCGUUGGAGAAGAAAAAGCAUUACUUGGACACAACCCUCAAUAACACUUUAGAAAACAUGGCUCGAAUCGUGAACCCGUCAAAGAAUUAG